GGCUGCACUGCCUCAUCCACCAAAGUGUCCUCUGUGCCAGACUGAAUGGCGAGCUAAAGAAUGUUAUGGACAAAGUGAUGAAAGUCAUUAACUUUGUCAGAGGUACAUCAAGCACCCAGCAUAGGCUUUUCAGACAACUUGUGGCUGAGUCAGCAGAUGCCGCCCACGAUGACUUGCUGCUUCACAAUGAUGUGCGCUGGUUAAGCAAGGGGAAAGCACUGGAUCGCUUCUGUGCGCUACUGAAUGAGAUCAAAGCGUUCCUUGGAAUGAGCAAGAGCAAGGCAGCAGCUGACCACCUUAUCCUGCUGGAAGAUGAAAAGUUCAUGUCCAAUGUAGCGUUUUUAUCUGACAUAUUUGGCCACCUAAACCUGCUUAACCUUCAGCUACAGGGGAGAGACAAAACCAUCGUGGACAUGGUUGAAAAACUGGAGUCAUUCACGAGGAAGCUUGAGAUGCUUGAGGCAGACAUAUCUACCGGCAGGCUCCUACAUUUCAGCACACUGAAGAAGACAGCGGGAGAAGUGACGGAGUUGAUGGUUGACUUCAUCAAGAGGCUACGAGCCAACUUCACUUCUCGGUUUGAUGACUACUCCAUCCCAAAAGACAUCAUUGACUUUAUACGUGACCCUGCAGUAAAACCAGCCGACAACUUCUCCUUCCUGGCGAAAGAAAUGAUCUCCUCUUUGGAUCAGGCUGCGCUGGAAAUGGAAAUUAUUGACUUCCAAACCACCUCAGUUGUGCGAGAUGCGCUCAGAAGUGCGGAGUCCGUGAGUGCCUUUUGGGUAGGCCUACUAUGCUCCGAGGAAUACAGCAACCUCAAGAAAGUCGCACUUUACAUUCUGACAAUGUUCCCUUCCACCUACGUAUGUGAGUCGUCCUUCUCAGCUAUGAAUGCAAUAAAAACGCAUGAGAGGAAUAGACUGACUCACCAAAAUCUCGAGAACUGCCUGAGGAUUAAAGUGACGUCUAUUUCACCAGAUAUCCAGCAAAUAGUGACCAGUGGGAGAUGCCACUUUUCACACUAGGGGCCGAGCACUCCAGCCCAUGGUCGAGUGGAUUCAGCUUUUUUGCUUCGUACUUUUUUGCUCUGAUUUGCUCCGAUUUAACAGUGCAAUGCAUUGUUAUCAGUUUACAUUUUUGGUGCCACCACAGUCAUAUAAAGGCCUAAAUAACACGCACGUUUGAAACUCGUGUUUUACAUUUCACAGUUCUAUGUACGGAAAUGCCUAUGUUUGAUGUCUGGCCUGUUUGAAAGAAGUCGUGUUUUAAUUUUCACAAUAAUAUGAAGCCUAUGUCCGUUGUUUGAAUGACAACUUGUGUUUUAGGGACUAGUUUGGAAUUUCAGCACCAGGCGCUGUCCACUGACUUCAUUUGUUUUUGCAUGUUGAGCGUUCACGCUGCAGCUCGCUGAUGUGCGUAUUCACUCUGUAUCCAGAUAAAACAAAUAAGCAUUUAGAUUGAGGAAAUUUUUCUGUUCUGGAAAAUGAAGGUUCCAAUAAAGAGCAUUUUUGAGACUGGCAGUCCGAUUUUUUAAAAGUAUAUUUUAUAUUUUUAUUAUCAUUCUCUAGUUCAAACAAUCUCAUGGGCCAGAUGUUUUUGCUUGCGGGCCACAUCUGGCCCGCGGGCCGCCUAUU